AUGAAUACUCCAUCCCAAUCUGUCAAUAGUCUUUUAUCCAGUCUAAAAUCAACAGUUGAAUUAUUAAUUCAAUUUCGAGGUGAUUCCUUAACAACAAAAUAUGGCGCAAUUGAAAGACUUCGACUAGCUAUUCUAGCUAUUUUAUCACAUGGUCUUAAACAGACUUCAGGAGAUUUAUAUGAACAAUUAUGGCAAUUAAUUGUUCGUUUAAAUGCCAAUUCUCAACGAUAUAUUCAUUUAUUACAAGAUAUAUAUCAUAAAGAAAAUAUUCGACUAUCUGUUGAACAAUGGAUUGAUCAAUCAGUUAUAAGUCAAUGUUUAUCUCAACAAUUGUCCUGUGCUGAUAAUGAUAAUGAUUUACUUCAACAAUAUUAUGAUAGUAGGUCUUGUUUUUGUUUUUAUUUAUUCUCUGCUAUUCGGAAUAAGCACAUUUUUAAAGAUGGUAGUUUUUAAAAAUUAAACACACACGCACAUACAUAUAUAUGUCUAUCAUCGACGACCAAUAUAAGGACGUAUAUUUUUUGUAAAAUGAUGUUUCGAAUCAGGAAUAAGAACAAUAUAAUCGCCUUGACGAACAAUAUAAAAACCAGUACCACGUUUAUUACGAUCAAUGUAUUUAUUGUUCGAUAUUGUUUCAUCUAACAUUAACCAGCGUCGAUUGUUAAUAUCAAUAUCAUUGUUGUCAUCAUUGUUAAUAUUGUCAAUGAAUGAUAAUGAAGAUGACGAUAGAGGAUAUGCAUUUGAGAUAGUUGGUAAUGUACAGCAGGUGAAUAGAAUAAACAAUAGAAAAAGUACGACGCGAUUAGGCGACGAACAAAUUUUGUUAGACGUUGUAA